UUCCUCCAACCAACACAACAAAACCAACAGAACAAUCACAAAGAUUCUUUGUCAGUCUUAAAGUUUACAACUUUUCAAACCUUUUUCAGUUAACCAAAUAACUCACACAAGAAACCAUGUCUCCUGAUAUCAUAACUGCUGCAACCAACAUUACCAACACUCAAUCUAAGGCCACAAGACGUGCCUUCGUCACCUUCCUUGCUGGAAAUGGUGAUUAUGUGAAGGGUGUUGUUGGUUUAGCUAAAGGUCUUCGUAAAGUCAAAACCAUGUAUCCUUUAGUGGUUGCAGUGUUACCUGAUGUUCCUCAAGAACAUAGGAAUAUUCUCACCUCUCAAGGUUGCAUUGUUAGAGAAAUUGAACCUGUUUAUCCUCCAGAAAACCAAACUCAGUUUGCCAUGGCUUAUUAUGUCAUCAACUACUCCAAAUUACGUAUUUGGGCUUUUGAGGAAUAUGACAAGAUGAUUUACCUUGAUGGUGACAUACAAGUUUUUGAAAACAUUGAUCACCUAUUUGACUUACCAAACAACUAUUUCUAUGCUGUGAUGGAUUGCUUUUGUGAGGCCUCUUGGCGUCAUACCAAACAGUACGAAAUCGGUUACUGUCAACAGUGCCCUGACAAGGUUCAGUGGCCUGCUAACUUUGGGCCCAAACCUCCUCUAUAUUUCAAUGCUGGCAUGUUUGUUUAUGAACCAAACAUGGCUACUUACCAUGAUCUGCUUCAAAAACUUCAAGUCACUAAGCCAACUUCCUUUGCUGAGCAGGAUUUUUUGAACAUAUAUUUCAAAGACAAAUAUAAGCCAAUUCCAAAUGUUUAUAAUCUUGUGUUGGCCAUGUUGUGGCGUCACCCUGAGAAUGUUGAACUUGAGAAAGUCAAAGUUGUUCAUUACUGUGCAGCGGGGUCUAAGCCUUGGAGGUACACUGGUGUGGAAGAGAAUAUGCAGAGAGAAGAUAUAAAGAUGUUGGUGAAGAAAUGGUGGGAUGUAUAUGAAGAUGAGAGUUUGGAUUACAAGCAACCUGUUAAUGCAAAUCAUUUGGCUUCAGCAAUUUUGGAAGCUUCUGAUUUGAAGGUUGUCCCAGCUCCAUCUGCCGCUUAAUUAGCGUGAUUUGCUUUACUAUUUGACGCGUGAUCUUCUGUGAUAUUUAAUUAGAGGAUCAAGCUUAAUCAAGUUUUAAGCUUUUUUAAUAAUUAGGAGGACCUUAUUUUUGGGAGACCUUCUUAGUUUUUCAUUUCCUUUUUAAGCUUUUUGGAUUUUAGUAAUUUGGAUUUGGAGGACCUUUAUUUUAUGAGUCCUUAUUAGUUUUUGGUUUCCAUAUUUUUAGUAUGCCAUUUCAGUGCUGUAAUUUAUUAUCCUUAAUUAUUAUGAAUGGACAUAUUUUUGUAUUAGAAUAUCUUAAUGUUUUUUUUAAUAUUUGUAUUUA